AUGUUCAAGAAACCCAACCUUCUCCGAGGCGGAAGUCUGCAGCCGCUGAACCUGAGCUUGCCCUUGCUAUUGUCCCGGCCUACCUUCUCCCGGCUCCAUGGACCGCAAGGAAUAUACACAAACAAGUUUUAUGCCACUGCGUCGCAUUUUCCGCAUCAAGAUUAUUCAUGGCCCAGCAACUCUUCUCUCACCCCUUAUGACGUCUUGAAUCUCCCCCGCGGGGCUCCAUACUCGAAACGAAAUUACUAUGACCUCGUGAAGAUAUACCACCCGGAUCGACCUUUAAAGGACCAUCCCCUCUUCCACCAAUUAACCCCCGAGAUUCGACUGCAGCGCUAUCGCAUAGUGGUGGACGCCCACGAGCUUCUCUCCGAUCCUAGCAAACGAGCUACUUAUGAUCGGACCGGUGCUGGCUGGGUCCACACGGUCCCAGAUACCAAAGUGGAUUGGCAAACGCCUGGGCCGAGUGUCUACGCAAAUGCGACAUGGGAGGACUGGGAGCGCUGGCAUAAUCGGCACCAGGCUCCGCAACAGCAUGUUGUUGACCAACGCACCUUCGUUCGCCUGUUGAUCCUCCUGGUGCUCUUUGGGGGUGCUCUCCAGGCAUCCUGGAUCGGAAAGCUGCGUACCGAGGUCGACGACCGCUUACGCGAGCUCAACGAAGAUUCGGCGCGCUUUUUGCGUAAUCGUCAAGAAGAAACUGUGAAGCAAAUGAAUAGCAAUGAAGCUCGCGUGCAGGGCUUCCUCAUUCGGCGAGAUCCCACCGGCGCAGGCCUGAAGGAUGCUGAGCAGUCUGUGUAUCAGAAGGAACUGAAUCCUCGACGUGGCUUAAACACGGACCAGACUGUCGAGCAAAAGGAGCCGGUGUCGGAUCUGUCAGGAGAUGACGUGUUGGGCAGUACCCAUACAGAACCGCCGAGAACUAACGCAACUUAA